ACACAAUGCCACCACCUCCGACUGGAACAUUUAGACCCAGUACAGCUAACACCAGAUCAUCUUCAAGAUUGGGAACCCACGAGAUAAUAGCGACCAAGAAUGAAGUAUCGGACGCGGUAAGUGCUAAAGCUCAUCUAGAAAAGACGGCAAUGGCCAUACUGGGCAAACCGUACACCUUUGACAAUAUUUCAGACAUCCUCUUCCACAUCACUCAAAUGCCAGGGGUAACACUUCCAGUCCAAACGGCCAUAAGGGCGAUAGCAUUCAUAUUAGAAGAAGCGGCAGAAGUUGUAAUGGCCAAUUCAGUGGCUAAACUGGUAAUCACAGCCAUCGCUCCUCACAUCGCAAAUAUCCAAGAAGUAUCGGAAGCUAUGACAAACACCGCAUCAAAAAUGGAAGGUUCCCAAGAGAAGAUCAACGAAUCCAUCACUUCCAUCAGCGGCAACAACGUGGACGCUUUCAUAGGCACAGCUGCAUUCGACUCCCGUCUAGCCAACGUUCAAGAAGCGGUCACUACCCUCACAACUCAAGUCAAGGAAGCGUCCCAACAACAAGGAAGCUACAAAAUGGCAUUACUGUCAGGACUCGAGGACAACCGUCCCGAUGCACAAACCAUUCAAAGAACAGCACGUGAAGCGAUCAAGGCCCGUCAGAUACUGAUCAGUCUCCCUCCUAAUAGCCCACUAGGUCCUGGCAAACUAUCACACAGUCAACUCGUAGAGAAAAUAAAAGAAGCAUUGAAGACAAUUAGCAAAGAAGGGGCCCCGGAACUAACUAUUCGAACAGUAACCCAAUACCGUAAUGGAGGAACCGUCCUAGAAAUGUUAACAAUCGAAGGCGCAACAUACAUCAAGAAACCGGACAUCAAAGACGAAUUCAUCAAGAUCCUCGACCCAUCAGCUAUGAUCAAAGACAGAACUUACCCAGUAAUCAUCCAAUUCGUACCACUAACCUUUAAUCCCAGCGACCCUGAGCACCUUCGUGAACUUGAAAACGAAAACAACUGGAACAAAGGAGAAUUAGUUUCUGCCAGAUGGAUCAAACCACCGGGAAAACGAGCUAGCAAUCAGCGAGUAGCACACGUCAUCGCAUCUUUCAACAACCCAGCCACAGCCAACCAAGGAAUCCGAGACGGCAUCAUUUUGAACCAAGCAAGACUCCAAAUGAAGAAAAACCGACGCGAACCUAUCAGAUGCGCAAAAUGUCAACGAUACGGACAUAUAGCAAAGGAAUAUCGAAUGAAUGCAACAAUAAAAAUAGUCAAAGCUGUAUAUCCUGCGAAACCGAAGACCACGCAAACUGGGACAGAAAAUGCCCAACAUUCGAAAGGAAGUGUACUGACAUCGAUAACAGAUAUCCAGAAAAUACAAUGCCGUACUACCCAACAGAGGACACGUGGACCCAAGUACAGAUCCCACCUAAAGCAAAACCAUUCAUCAAAGAACGCACUCCGACCCCAACUCAUCAACAUCAACAACAGCAACACCUCCCAACUCAAGACACCCUCGAAAGACACCUCGCACCCAGGGGAGUCAGAUCGGGCAGAGGAUGCUACCUCCCACCAAAUCGAGGACUAUCAGCCCCCCGACGUCGCUCCAUGA